UUGUGGGGGGAAGGCGAAGCUUGCAGCAGCUGCUUGUCGUUAUAGGGAAGAGGAUAUUCCUGCCUUUGAAUGUCCUUUAAACCUAGUUUUCCCCCUGCUGAAUACGCGUAAAGAUUACAGACUUGGGGGGGGCCGGUGUGGAUAGUUGUUCACAUAAUUCAAAUUCAUCAAUAUAAAGCUAAAACUGCGCCCUUUGGAUGCGAACAUUGCGUACGGAAUUACAGCCGCUGAGCAGGCCGUAUCGCCAUUGCUUCCAAGAGCUGCCUCUGUCUUCGGGCAAAAGCAUCGUGACUCUGAGCUUUUUGAGGGUCCACAAUGAGGAAGAAAGCACGGCAUCAGAAGGUACAGACGCUGCAUCGGCCACCCUCCCCCAUCAAACCUUCGGCCAACAGGGAGACCCUCACCUAUGCACAGGCACAGCGCAUGGUGGAGCUGGAGGUCGAUGGCCGCAUGCACCGCAUCAGCAUCUUCGACAAGCUUGAGGUCAUCACUGAAGAUGACCCCACGGCCCAGGAGAUCAUGGAGUGCACCAGCAAUAAGGAGAAUACAGACAAGCCUCAGCAGGCCCCCCUGAGGUCGGCACGGCUCAAGAACAGCCAGCAGAAAAAGAAUGCAGCCCUCAUCGCACAAGGGGCUCAGGCCCCGACCUGUGUCCUCCCCGAGCCCAGGUUCCGCACUGUGGAGUACAAUUUACCGGCUGUCCCGCGAAGGCCUCCGACGUACUACAAGUACGAGGAGAAGACCUUGGAGGAGCUUGAUGAGGAGGUGGAGUAUGACAUGGAUGAGGAGGACUAUGCUUGGCUGGACCUGGUCAAUGAAAAGAGAAGGAGCGAGGGCUUUAGCCAGGUCUCCCCCAAUGUCUUUGAGUUCCUUGUGGACCGUUUCGAAAAGGAGUCGUUCUUGGAGAGUCAGGGCCGGCAGGACCCUCACUCACUGGUGGACGAGGACGCAGUGUGCUGCAUCUGCAUGGACGGCGAGUGCCAGGACAGCAACGCCAUCCUCUUCUGUGACAUGUGCAAUCUGGCUGUGCACCAGGAGUGCUAUGGAGUUCCCUACAUUCCCGAGGGCCAGUGGCUCUGCCGACACUGCCUGCAGUGCCCCACCAAGCCCGCUGACUGCAUCCUCUGCCCCAACCGGGGUGGUGCCAUGAAGAAGACGGAGGACGACCGCUGGGGACAUGUGGUCUGUGCCUUGUGGGUGCCCGAAGUGGGCUUCUCCAACACGGUCUUCAUCGAGCCCAUUGAUGGCGUGGCAAACAUCCCUCCUGCCCGCUGGAAGCUCACCUGCUACCUCUGCAAGGAGAAAGGCGUUGGAGCCUGCAUCCAGUGCCACAAGGCCAACUGCUACACGGCCUUCCAUGUCAGCUGCGCGCAGAAGGCUGGCCUCUUCAUGAAAAUGGAGCCUGUCAAAGAUGUGACCGAGUUGGGCACACCAACCUUCACAGUGAAGAAGACUGCGUACUGUGGGGCACACUCCCCCAACGGCUCCGUCAGAAGGCCCCUCACCAUAUACGACAAUGCCAGGAAUAAAACCAAAAAUGGACUUUGUCAGACACUGAAGAGAAGUAGCAGCAGAAAAAGGCUAAAAGAGAAGAAGAAGAGCAAGAAGACUUCAGAGCCGGUGGCAGUAGUCCCACCAUCUGGUCCUAGUUUUCCGUCACAUAGGUUAAACACCGUCCUUAAUCAAGUUUCUCUCCAGAGGAAGAAGGUUUUUGUCGAGCUGGUCUUGAACUACUGGACCUUGAAGAGACAAUCAAGGAACGGUCUGCCUCUGAUCCGGCGGCUCCACUCCAGCCUACAGUCCCAGAAAACCACAAAGCCUAAGCACAAUGAGGAGGAGAGUCGUGCGCUGAAGGAGCAGCUGAAGGAGUGGCAUCGUCUGAGACACGACCUCGAGAGAGCCCGCCUGCUGCUGGAGCUCAUCAGGAAAAGAGAGAAGCUCAAAAGAGAGGAGAUGAAGCUACAGCAGUCAAUCCUGGAACUGCAGCUCACCCCAUUUACCAUUUUACUGAGGACUGUGUUAGACCAGUUGCAAGAGAAGGACCAAGCAAAGAUAUUUGCACAGCCUGUGAGCAUUGAAGAGGUUCCCGAUUACCUGGACCAUAUCGAGCACCCCAUGGAUUUUUCUGCCAUGAGGAAGCGUAUAGAUGCCCAGUACUACAAGAACCUGGAGGAGUUUGAGGCUGAUUUCAACCUCAUCAUCACAAACUGCAUGACAUACAAUGCCAAGGACACGUAUUUCUACCGGGCUGCGGUGAGGCUGAGGGAUCAGGGCGGGGCCCUGCUCAGGAAGACACGCCGCCAUGUGGAGCACAUCGGCUUCGAGCCCGACAGCGGCACGCACACUCCUGAACUGCCCAAUACUGUAGCAUCUGCUCCCUUCUCCUGGGAAGAUGUGGACCGGCUGCUGGUCCCAGCCAAUCGGCAGCACAUGUCCCUCGAUGAUCAGCUGAAGGAGCUCCUGGAGAAGCUGGACCUGACCACGGCCAUGAAGUCCAGCCCAUCGCGCAGCAAACGCCUCAAGCUGUUGAAGAAGGCCAUCAGCGAUGUGCGGAUGGAGAUGAGUCUGAGGAACGUGCUUGCUCCCACCCCUGGCCUGAGGAGGCUGGCAGCUGAACUCGGCUCAGCUGAGGAAGGCGACAGAUCAGCUCCUCCAAAGCUGGAGCCCUCGGACUGUCACCCCCCGCUGGCUGACGUGGACAGCCCUUGUGAGCCCCCCACGCUGAAGCCUAUUGAGCCCAGCGCAGAGCAGCCCCGGCCAGGCAAGCCUGAUGAGCCCAAAGACUGCCUCCCAGCCCCCAGGGAGACCCUCAAUGGACACUCCCGUGACCGGCUGCUUCUCGACGGCGGUGACGUCAGCGUGGUGGCCACGCCGACCCUGGCCGAGCGCCCUGCUCCGGUAAACAGGCGGACGUCAGUGCUUUUCCGUAAGUCCAAAAGCGUGAGCCCGCAGAAGGCCGCAAGAGGCGGGGGCGCCCAGGCGGAGUGUCCCGAGCUGGGUGCCAAGAGCUUCCUGUCUGUGGUGAUCCCCCGCCUGGAGACCCUGCUCCACACCAGGAAGAGAACCCGGAGUGCCAGCCAGGGCAGCGAGGAGGAAGAGGAGUUGCCCAUCAAGUGCCCCGACACUGGCCUGUCAAAUGGUUUUGUUCUGGAGCAGCAGACGGAGUUGAGUCCCAGCAGGCAGCAGGAGCCUCGCCGCAGGUGUGCCUCUGAAUCCAGCAUCUCGUCCAGCGGCAGCCUGCUGGGUACCUCCAGUGCACCACUGAGCUUUCCGAAGUGCGGGAAGGGAAAGCCGGCCCUCGUGCGGAGGAGCACCACAGACGACAAAAGCGAGCUCAUCGCUUGCAUCGAGAACGGGAACUUCGCCAAAGCUGCUCGUCUUGCUGCCGAAGUUGGCAACAGCAAUAUUUGGAUGCCUGCUAGUGCUGCAACAGUUGUUCUGGAACCUCUAAAACUAGUUUGGGCAAAAUGUAGCGGAUAUCCCUCCUACCCUGCCUUGAUAAUCGACCCCCACAUGCCUCGUGUGGGCUGCCACCACAAUGGCGAGUCCAUUCCGAUCCCCCCUCUCGACGUGCUCCGGAUCGGGGAACAGAUGCAGUACAAGUCGGAAGAAAAGCUCUUCCUUGUCCUCUUCUUCGACAACAAGCGCAGCUGGCAAUGGCUACCUAAAUCCAAAAUGGUUCCUCUUGGGAUUGACAAGACCAUCGACAAGAUCAAGAUGAUGGAGGGCCGCACCUCGGGCGUGCGAAAGGCCGUACAGAUCGCCUUCGCCCGGGCCAUGAACCACCUGAGCCGCGUGCAGGACGAGCCCGCCAGCGACCUCAGUGACAUCGACUGACCUGCUUCGAGCACCGCCGGCCACCCUGGGUGACUGGAAAGUCCUUUAGUGUUUGUCACCGCAGGACGCCACUUGCUCAGCAGUGCCUGGGCUAGGCCCCAACCCCCUCCGCCCUCCCCGGCUGCCUGGUCGAGUGCCUGCUGCCGCUCCGCCCCACCCUCCCAGUGGUGAGUGGGCUGCACUGGCCCCUCCCACUCUGACCACCACGCAGGGGAGUUCCGUCACCUCACCAAACAGUGCAAACUCCACUAUCAUCUGCCCACUCCAUGUCCUUCAUUCCACCUGACGUUUUCACCUCCACUCGUGAAAGUGCUCCUCUAUUUAAUGAACUCUGUAUAUAGCUGUAAAUGGACCCAUGCUAACUUAAGUAGUUACCGCUGUGGGUUCUGUAUAUACAUUUUUCUAGUUGUAUUUAUACUUUUGUUGGGGUGGGGGAACAUAAGCAUACCAGGGCCUUCCUCACUGAUGCAGGAAGAAGUUAAUCAUGUGAAACUAAAAGCAGGAAUGGAACACAUAAUGUGAGAUUAUUUUCUUUUUUGUAUCAUCAUUUAAAUUAUUGAAGUUUAUAUGCAUAAACUUCCUUUUAGUAUUAAAUGUUUUUUGUAACCAGUAAUGUUUUUAUAACAGUUUUAGCCUAUUUUGUUCUGAUUAUAUUUAUAUAACUAAAUAUAUAUAUAUAUAUAU